AUGGAGAACGACGACAUGGCCAAGAAUACUGAGAUGACGUGCUGCUCAUCCAACUCAUCACUCUCGGAUUUUACGACUCUACCGAGAUGUCCAAAUCGGGUCGGCUCCAUAACGGUCAUUCUCGGACCCAUGUUCAGUGGAAAGACCACCGAACUUCUGCGUCUCCACGAUCGUCAGAUAAUCGCCAAAAGGACAUGUGUUCUUGUCAAGUAUGCCGGGGACACUCGCUAUGAUGCUGACCUUGUGGCCACACACAGCAAAAUGACCGGGCAAGGACGGACUGUUAAAGCUCAUCGACUCGCGGAGGUGGCUUCUCAGAUUUUCAGUGACGAUGUGCAGGUGGUGUCGAUUGACGAGGGGCAAUUUUUCGAGGAUCUUGCUGAAACUUGCGAGGAGCUGGCUCAACGUGGAAAAGUGGUGUGCGUAGCUGCACUGAACGGCACCUUCGAACGGAAACCGUUCCCUCAGAUCUCCCUUCUUCUUCCAUACGCCAACGAGAUCAAGCAAGUCACCGCUGUGUGCGUAGAGUGCGGAGCACAAGCCAACUUCUCAUUCCGAAGCACACUUGAUAAGAAGGUCGAGGUGAUUGGAGGAUCCGAGUCGUACACAGCGCUCUGUCGAGAGUGUUAUGUGCUGAAGAGCGAGGAGAAGGACGCUGAGGAGCAGUUGAAGACGGGAUGUGAUAAGAACGAGAACGAUAUCACUGGGAUUGUUCUGGCGAAGAAGGAGCAGCAAAGGUCUGAUGGAUCUGUGUCACCACCACGCAAGAAAAUCGGUCUUAGCAAAUCAAUGGCGCUCGACUCGUCCCCAGUUCGGAUUUAA